GCCGCGGUCCCCGACGCGCGGCUGUGGCCUAGGGCGCCGCCGGUGGCUGCGGGAGCGGGACUGCGCCGCGCAGGGCGCUAGGAGGCAUUGUCGCCGUGCCUGUAUGAGCAGCAGUCCAGCCUGGUGGCUGGCAACAGGAUACCCACGUCUGCAUGCUGAAGAAGAUGGGCGAGGCAGUGGCCAGAGUUGCAAGGAAGGUCAACGAGACAGUGGAGAGCGGCUCGGACACCCUGGACCUGGCCGAGUGCAAGCUGGUCUCCUUCCCCAUCGGCAUCUACAAGGUCCUGCGGAAUGUCACCGAGCAGAUCCACCUCAUCACACUGGCCAACAAUGAGCUCAAGUCCCUCACCAGCAAGUUCAUGACCACGUUCUGCCAGCUCCGAGAGCUCCGCCUGGAAGGGAACCUCCUGCAUCGCCUCCCCAGUGAGGUCAGCACCCUGCAGCACCUCAGGGCCAUCGACCUCUCCCGGAACCAGUUCCGGGUCUUCCCCGAGCAGCUCACCACGCUGCCUGCGCUGGAGACCAUCAACCUGGAGGAGAACGAGAUCGUGGACGUGCCCGUGGAGAAGCUGGCCUCUAUGGCCGCCCUGCGCUGCGUCAACCUCCGCUUCAACCCUCUGAGCGCCGACGUGCGUGUCAUCGCGCUGCCCCUCAUCAAGUUCGACAUGCUCAUGUCUCCGGAGGGCGCACGGGCGCCCCCGCCUUAGGUCCCCCUUCACGUCCACCCAGCCGGGGACAGAGGCCCUGGCACCCCUGAGGGGGGGUCGCAGAGACCCAUGGGAGGCCAAGCUGCGGGGGCUGGGUGCGGGCGGGGCAGACAGCGAAGGGUGGGCUUGAGCUGGUAACGCUAGCUUAGAGCAGGGGUGGGCUGUGUGCCGGGAGGAGGGGGUGAGGUGCCCCCAGCCCUGACUUGGCACUUGCAGCUUCUGUGCAGACUCGGGCGGCCCCCCACUCCCCACGCUCUCGGAGCCUUGACAUUCGGGGAAAGAGGGUGCAGAGAGGCCUUUGCCUCAUUGGGGGCCUCCUUGGAAGCUUCUAGGCAGCUCCAGCCUCCAGGUGACCGCUGAGUGAUUUGGGGAGCCCUGGGUGGCACCUCCCAAGGUGGAGGUGGGUCUGAGAAUGUGUGGCCAGUGCAGGGCCCACCGUGAGCCGUGUUGCUCCCUGAGCACUGAGACUCCACGGGCCUCCCUGGACCAGGAGGCCACAGGCAGCCACCAAGAGUGAGCUGCAGCGCAGCCACGCGGAGAACUUCGGCUCAGAGACCGUCGGCUGGGCACUGUCCCGCCUUGUAGUGGGCAGCGGGGCAGGACAUUCCAGUGCCCCUGCCUGUGGCCGGCGUGGCCCCAGAGCCCGGGGAGAGGCGGCUUUGAGGCUCCUCCCGCCCUGCCAGCAGCCACUGCCCCAUCAUCACUUCCCGCCGCUGCUGCUGCCGCCGCCGCCAGCCCCAGAGCCCUGACAGGAGCCUGCCAGGUGGCACAGCUGGUCUCCCCGGGAGAGGCCCAGGCUCUUGGUUCCUGAGGGCACCUGUGAUUUGGGGGGCCUCUGGCCUUGCUCCCCGUAUCUACCUCCCACGUUUCCCUCAUCUGCAGGGCAGGCGCGGACCUCGGCUGGAAGGCUGUGCAGGGCCGUGGGACGGGCCUGAGGCCCCAGGCCUAGGGGCAAGCCGGGCCACCCAGAGCCGCCACCAGGGAUCUGUGGCCUCCCUUCUGCCCCUCGGUUCUGUUCUCGAGGGCUGAGACGGCUGCUCCGAGCAUGACCCUUCUCGGCCUGUUCGGUGCCCGGUGCCCCCUCCCCCCUGCCCAGGCCUCCUGUCACGUAGCAAAGAGCCGACGGUGGGGGCCAUUGUUCCCCCCGCCUGAGCGCUGGGGUGUCCCAAGAGAUGCCUUGUCUCUUCUGCUCAUCUCCCUCCCAGGCUCUGAGGAAAAAGGCUUUCCAUGGAAGGAGGUUGAGACCCCAAAGUGUUCAGCUCCCCCGGCCCCUACGUCCCCAGUGUGGGGAGGAGUGACCCCAUCUCCCUGUGUGCCGGGUGGGACUGCACUAUGCCGACGAGGGGCUGUGCUUCUCCAAGACGAACCAAGGCCUUGUGGGGCCCCAGUGGGGUCUGCGCCAGGAGCCUCAGUGUCAGAAAUGCAGAGUCCCAGGCUCAGCCUGGCCUCGGCACAGACGAAACCCCCAGAUUCUACUUUACUUCAGAGAAGCAGGACCUUGGGGUGGCCCUGAGACUUCCUUAGAAUGAGGGAGGACAGUUCUCUCACCUCUCUGCCUCCCGCAAGUGAUCCCCGGGGGUCCCGGGGCGCUUAGAUCUUUGUAGUUCUGUGUGGCUGUCCCCGCCAUAGGAGUGACCCAUAGUCAGCAGCCAAUGAGGCUCCCGCUGGCCUGGCCCUGGCCCCCGGUAUCUCUGCAUGCCAAGCUGCCCGCGUCCUCCGGAACAACUUCUAGAAGCUGUUUCCGCCUCAGUUCAGAGACCUUGGCCUUGAUCUCGCUGGGAGUGAUCGGCAGCCCAAGGGGGCAGCUCCCCCACCCACACCCCCUCUCGGAGCCCAGGUGUGAGUGAGCCCCGCGCUCCAGUCUGCAAUAAAAAGUGGUUUCGUCUGCUGGUUGGUGUUUGCUUCAUUCUCAGCCCGGAGAUCGCUCCUCGGCUGGCGGCAGGAGAAGAGGGAGGGGCUGCCCCCACCGGGGAAACUUGAACUGGGCUCAGCAUGGACAGGUGGGCCAGGCCAGCCCCCCAGCUGAGCAGCCUGGGGUCAGAGGCCCUCAGAGGGCCCACAGCAUCCCGGGGAGAGGGUUAGAUUCGGUCACUCCCAGCCCCAUGCCUGUUCUGCAGAAUCAGCCCCUCGUGGGGUGGAGCCAAGCGUUUGGUGGAGUGGGAUGCUGUGGUGAGUGGACCCAGGUUCUGUGCCCCCAGUAUGGCAGGGCACAGCCCCAGGGCUCCCGGCACUGCAGGGCACCUGAGCACCAUCGCAUCCUUGGGUCCGUACUUUGGGCCCUGGCUUACCUUUUUAAUUUUUUAUUGAUUGAGAUUCUCUGCUUUACGUGUUAAUGACAGUACUGUAAGUAAUUCCAGCCCCAUGAACAAUACUGCACAGAUCCAACACCACAUCCAUCACCAGUGUCCCCACCUCCCACCCCCAAGUACCCCAACACCCCUCCCUUU